AUGCGUCUCAUGGUUGUUGGAGGAUUUAUUCCCAUCUCAUUGGGAUUGAUCUCAUCCGGUGUCGCAUCUGGUGCAUCUGUCGCAUCCAUCAUCACACAGGCAGACACCUGCUUCGAACCACCCCCACCAGAACCCAUCGAAGUCAUUCAACUACCACUGCCACCCGUGGCGCCAACCGACGAGAUUGGGGCCUGUACUCAACACCUGAAUCCGCACGGGACAGGAUGCAUGGGCAAAUCAUCCCUGAUGAACGGCGGGGACUUCUCGCCGGAUGGGAACCACGUCCUCGUCAGCUUGAACUUCACCGGGGCACCGUCAGCCCCAGACCCCGCCAGUAUCUACACUGGCGUCCAACUGAUCCUGGUCCGGACCAAUGGGACCAACUUCUCGACGGGGAGCCCGUGGAAAUGCCUGACGUGCGGUGUGCCAGAGAGCCACAGAGGGGGCAGUUCGUCGCUGGCCGACUAUCCGCAAGCCUUCGCCGACGGCCAACGAGCCCUAGCCGGGAACAAUAUCGUCGAGUGUCGAGCGGGCCUUCUCGCCAGUGCGGCAUGCACUCUGGACCAGAUUCACAUCUAUCCCAUCCGGUUAAGCAACACGGCCGACGAUUCCGGGUCCGGGGCCAUUAUUCGUGAGCUGCGCUUGCACCCCGACAAUGUCCACUUGGGCUUCAACUCCUUCUCCGUCACCGCAUCGGGACAACUCAGUCAACACACCUACUUCGGUCGACUGCAGUUCAACGACUCCCCUGCCACGGGCUGCCCUCGCACCGCGCGAUAUGACCUCGUGAACGUGACCGUCCUGGUUGCCCCGGACGGUCCACGCCCUUAUACCGUCACCGGGGAUCAGAUGCAGAUCAAUCGCCAGGCAUUAGUGGUGGGGGAGUUUCGAGGCUUUGCCAGUCGUGGACAAGAGGUCCUGUACAUUGGAGUCCCCUGGGAAUCCUGCAACAUCGAUCUCUUCGCAGCCGACUUGACUACCGGCGAGGUGCGCCGAGUGACAACGCAUCCGGGCUAUGUGGACCCGGUGGGGGUCUCUCCGGAUGGCCGCUGGCAGGUUAUCCUGGACACGCGUGGCACAGAUCGCAUGGAGUUUCUGUCUGCCAUGCGCGGGGUCCCUCCGGUGGUGGACCUACUGACGGUUACCACGGUCGCAUCGGUGCGCAACAAUGGCGAUCGACGCUUCUUCCAGCCAUGGCUGUUGGACGCCCACGGAGACCGCGAUGGUCCUGACUACAAUUACUACGGCCAACAGAUCAACGCUGACGGGGAUGGCCAGCCAGGCAGCAUCAACGACCCCAACUGGAACGCCGGUGCUGAUCCCCGCUGUCGCCAGACCUACCAUCUCGGACUUGUGGCGCCAGUGUCAGACCGAAUUCCUUGGGGGGUUCCUUAUAUCCCCGAAGAGAGCGUGCCGGAAGUCUUCAAUCUACCCCCGGGCAACUAUACGCUACACGGGCAAGUCUCGGGCUCGGCGGACGUGGUUCUUCGCAACACUAAGACUGCGUCAGCCCUUGACUUUGUGGCAGUGAGGUAUCACAAUUACUCCGACGACGGCGUGCAUUAUAUCCAGGGCCACGAGUCGGUGGCCUCCACGCCUUUGUCCGUCACAUCGGCCCGGCUGGAUUGGUAUUCUAACCUGACGGCCACGGGGGCCUCGUACAGCACCAAGGUCACUGGACCCGGUGGGUUUCACGUCGUCGAUGAUGCCAUGCUCAAUGUUUUCGUGGCCAACGGGACCCUCGUCACGACGGUGGACGGGGUGGUAUACAAGCAGCCCUUGACUGGGACGUGA